AUAUCGUCUCCCCUCUCUGGAGAGACAAAUCCGCGGAUCUAUCUCCACCCACCAUUUCCAUUCAUCUCAUCCACACUCUCUCUCAGCCCCCUUCCUCUCCUUCCUUUCUUUAUCUCUACCUCUACGCAUCCUCUAAUUCUGGUUUCUGCCCUGCUUCCCCCCUCUUCACUCUCUGCACAUCCUGAUUCGGCUUCUCUUCUUAAUUCUUUGGCAUGCCUUCUUCGUUCGCAGAUCUGCCCCGAACUCACUCCCUCCUCGCACCCCUUUGAGCCUUCAUCUGGCGCGUCGGAAUUUCCAAGUUCGAUCUGUUCUGGCCCCGGUUGUUCGUGCUCCUUAAUUUCUCCUUUCUUAACCCUAUUUCUGUCUGCAAUGGCCUCUUUUCGCCCAGAUCUAACAUCCAGAAUUUACCCUGAACCCGAUGUCGCUGAUGUUGACCUCUUUGAUCGCUUGCCAGAUUCUCUGCUUCUCCUGGUCUUCAACAAGAUCGGCGAUGUGAAGGCUCUUGGUCGCUGCUGUGUCGUUUCCCGCAGAUUUCACUCUCUUGUGCCCCAGGUCGAGAACGUUGUUGUUCGUGUAGAUUGUGUUAUCUCCGACGAUGAUUCUUCCUCCUCCGCUGCUUCCUCUGACAAAUCCCGUGGUCCUUUCUCUAAUCUCUUUCGGCUAGUGUUCGGUGGCAUUGUCAAGCCCCUUCAAGCUCUGGGGCAGUUCUUAGGUCCCAAAAGAACAUCCUUGAGUUCUGGUCCUUCGUCCUCCUCCACCACUCUGGCCGUUGGGAGUGAAGAAGACGGGGAGGGUGAUCAAGGCGGUGUGACCCAUCACUCACCAACCCAAGUUUUAAAGAAUUUUAAUGAGAUUCGGUUCCUUCGGAUCGAGCUUCCCAGUGGAGAACUAGGAAUAGAUGAUGGGGUUUUGUUAAAAUGGAGAGCUGAUUUUGGCUCCACUUUGGAUAAUUGUGUAAUCUUGGGCGCUUCUUCGGUCGUGUACCCAGGACCUACGAAGUCUUUGUGCCCUCAGGAAGGGGGUUCUGACGCUGGAUGUGCCAACAAUGGUGGUGACGACAAUGGAAGCAUACCUGACUCGUUUUACACAAACGGGGGUCUGAAACUAAGGGUUGUUUGGACAAUUAGCUCCUUGAUAGCUGCUUCCGCAAGGCAUUACUUGCUGCAACCCAUCAUUUCAGAGCAUAAAACAUUGGAUAAUUUAGUUUUGACGGAUGCAGAUGGGCAGGGUGUUUUGUCGAUGAAUAGAGAUCAGCUCGAGGAGCUGAGAGUGAAGCCACUGUCAGCGUCGUCAGCAUCAAAGAGGACUCUUGUACCCGCUCUCAAUAUGAGACUAUGGUAUGCUCCUCAGUUGGAAUUGCCCGAUGGGGUUGUUUUGAAGGGCGCGACCCUUGUUGCGAUUAGACCUAGUGAGCUGUCCUCCACGGCAAAGAAGGAAGUCUCCGAUGUAUCUUGGGUUUCGACAGCAUUUGGUGAACCGUAUGGGGCAGCAGCAAGGAUGCUGGUUAAGAGGCGGACUUACUGUCUUGAGAUGAACUCCUUCUGAUUGUACGAGCUUUUGGAUCCAUGGGAAAGCGCAAUCAGGCGAGGAACAGGGAAACAUGGUACUCCCUCAAAGAAAGAACGAGAAAGGGCAAUUUUUCUUGAGCGUACAUGGAGUUAGGCACCUAAGGCAAGCCGAAUUUUGCUCUUCCUUGCCUCUCAAGUUGCAGCCACAUUUGAAUGAUGAUUAAAGGGCUGCCAGUUAUUCGGCUGUUGUGCCUGAACUGUGAACUAAAUGCAUCUGCUGGGUUUUUUUAAUUUGAAGCAAUGCUUGUAAGAUUGCACACCUGCCUGUAACAGCUGAGUUUGUAGCCACCUUUUUCCAUUUUCAGUUAUUCCUCUGUGAAUAUUCAGUAGGUACCAGUUUGGUAUGCUUUUGUGAUAUAUUCUUCUGAAGUGAAAUGAGCAAUGUACUUUGCAUCUGUAAGUUCAAAUGACUUCUGGAUGAACGAACCAAUCCUAUUCAUGCAAUACAGGUUCCUGCACCUACUCACUGCUGUUAGGUGUUUUGCUGGAUACCUGACUCAGGUUACCAGCAUUCAGAAAUGUGUAGGGAAACACUCUGUAGAACAAAACAAGAUUGAUCCAAUGACAUUGUUCGCACUUUUAACGA